GGUUUGAACGAGGCGUUCUCUUCAUGCCCUGGAAAAUUAAUUUUUAGAAAAGCACAAUGAAUGGUCAGAGGAGAGAAACCACGCGUGCCCCGCACCGCGCUGGCGGAGGGGCGAGCGCUCGGCCGGAGCGGGCUCGCUUCCCGGGGAAGAGCAACUUUGCGCGGCCCCCUCGCGCGCUGUAGCUCUCUCCGUGCCCCCGGACCCGCGCACCGUCCGCGGCAGCGGCGACGGCCGGCGACUUAAAUAAAUAACUCGUCAGCGCGCCCGCCAGAACGCUCAAACAUCGCGGUCGAUCGGAAAGAGAAAGAAAAAAGGAAAAAGAGAGAGAGAAAAAGGAAAGAGAGAAAGAGAGAGAAAAAAGAAGAAAACACAGAAACUCAUCGUGGUUCUUGACUGUUUUUUAUAUAUUAUUGUUGUUGUUAUUGUUGUUGUUAUUAUUAUUAUUUACCCAUAUUGGAGGAUAGGAGAAGUCUAUAAGUGGGUUGCAAAAAAAAAAAAAAAGGAAUCUUCUUCACUCUAAAUCACUUUCUUUGCUGGACUGGGAUAUUAAAUAUACGACACAUCCAGGAGUUUAUUGGAGCGCAGACUGAUGGCGCAAAGGUACGAUGAGCUGCCCCACUACGGCGGGAUGGACGGAGUAGGGGUGCCGGCGUCCAUGUACGGGGACCCCCACGCCCCCCGGCCGAUCCCCCCGGUGCACCACCUCAACCAUGGGCCGCCGCUCCACGCCGGGCAGCACUACGGCGCCCACGCCCCGCACCCCAAUGUCAUGCCGGCCAGCAUGGGCUCCGCUGUCAACGAUGCCCUGAAGCGGGACAAGGAUGCGAUAUACGGGCACCCGUUGUUCCCCCUCUUAGCUCUGGUCUUUGAGAAGUGCGAGCUGGCGACCUGCACGCCCCGGGAGCCCGGCGUGGCCGGCGGGGACGUCUGCUCCUCCGACUCCUUCAACGAGGAUAUCGCCGUCUUCGCCAAACAGGUCCGCGCCGAAAAACCACUUUUUUCUUCAAAUCCAGAGUUGGACAAUUUGAUGAUCCAAGCAAUACAAGUACUAAGGUUUCACCUUUUGGAAUUAGAAAAGGUUCAUGAAUUGUGCGAUAACUUCUGCCAUCGGUACAUUAGUUGUUUGAAAGGAAAAAUGCCAAUAGACCUCGUUAUUGAUGAAAGGGAUGGCAGCUCCAAAUCAGACCACGAAGAACUCUCAGGAUCUUCCACAAAUUUAGCCGAUCAUAAUCCUUCAUCUUGGAGAGACCACGAUGAUGCAACCUCAACGCACUCGGCAGGCACACCGGGGCCCUCCAGUGGGGGCCACGCUUCCCAGAGCGGAGACAACAGCAGCGAGCAAGGAGAUGGUUUAGACAACAGUGUAGCCUCACCUGGUACAGGGGAUGACGAUGACCCAGACAAGGACAAAAAGCGUCAGAAGAAAAGAGGCAUUUUCCCCAAAGUAGCAACAAAUAUCAUGAGAGCGUGGCUUUUCCAGCAUCUCACACAUCCAUAUCCUUCAGAGGAGCAGAAGAAACAGUUAGCCCAAGACACAGGACUCACAAUUCUACAAGUAAACAACUGGUUUAUUAAUGCCAGAAGAAGAAUAGUACAGCCUAUGAUUGACCAGUCAAAUCGAGCAGUGAGCCAAGGAGCAGCGUAUAGUCCAGAGGGUCAGCCGAUGGGAAGCUUUGUAUUGGAUGGUCAGCAGCACAUGGGAAUCCGGCCUGCAGGUUUGCAAGGCAUGCCAGGGGACUACGUAUCUCAGGGUGGUCCUAUGGGUAUGAGUAUGGCACAGCCAAGUUACACUCCUCCCCAGAUGACCCCACACCCUACUCAAUUAAGACAUGGACCCCCAAUCCAUUCAUAUUUGCCAAGUCACCCCCAUCACCCAGCCAUGAUGAUGCACGGAGGACCCCCUACCCACCCUGGAAUGACCAUGUCAGCACAGAGCCCCACAAUGUUAAAUUCAGUAGACCCCAGUGUUGGUGGACAGGUUAUGGACAUUCAUGCCCAAUAGUAUAAGGGAACUCAAGGGAAAAAACAAAACAAAAACAAAACAAACAAAAAAAAAAACAAAAACAAAAACUAUUUUAAGACUUUUGAACUUUGACCAGAUGUUGACACUUAAUACGAAAUUCCAGACAGCUGUGAUUAUUUUUUACUUUUUGUCAUUUUUCAUCAACAACAGAGGACCAACGAAACAAGAACACAAAUGUGAAAUCAUGGGCUCACUGAAAUGAAUAUGUCCAUGUACAGAUCCUCUGGAAAAAAAAAAAGACUCCAAGAGUUAUAACUACUGUAGUAUAAACAUAGGAACUAAGUUAACUUGUACAUUUCUGUUGAUCACUCCGUUACGUUGCCUCAAAUAGUUUUAGAAGAAAAAAAAAUCCUUGUUUUCCACACUAUGUGUGUUGUUCCCAAAAGAAUGACUGUUUUGGUUCAGCAGUGAAGUCACUAUCCAUGAAAGACCUGUUUUGGCCAGUGAGAAAAGAACUACCCUGGAGAUGAAGACGAAAAGUCUUGCUGGGUCUCUCAUCACUCAGAAGACUGUUCCAAGAAGGCCUUGCCAUUCCCUCGUUUUGUUCCUUCAUAAAACGUGUCCUUUAGUUUCAAACAGAUCUUUAUAGUUUGUGCUUCAUUAAGUCUCUCCCCAUUCCUCCCCAAUCUAUUUUUUUUUUUUGGACUCUUCUUCAAAGAGCUCGCAGGUGAAGAUUUAAAAGACAGAACAGACAGAGCAGGAGCUUCUUCCAGUAGUUCUGAGCCUUGGCUUUGGACAAAACAAAACUAAAAGUUGGGCAGCUUUCCUCAAUGAAAGAAGUUACUAACGGUCUUUGCACCAAACCUAGGACUUUAUCAUGAACUCAAAGCUUGGGAAAAAAAAAAAGCAAGAGAAUACUGUAACAAACUUCGUACAGAGUUCGGUCUAUUAAUUGUUUCAUGUUAGAUAUUCUAUGUGUUUACCUCAAUUGAAAAAAAAAAGAAUGUUUUUGCUAGUAUCAGAUCUGCUGUGGAAUUGGUAUUGUAUGUCCAUGAAUUCUUCCUUUCUCAGCACGUGUUCCUCACUAGAAGAAAAUGCUGUUACCUUUAAGCUUUGUCAAAAUUUACAUUAAAAUACUUGUAUGAGGACUGUGACGUUAUGUUUUAAAAAGAAAAAAAAAGGUGUUAAGUCACAAAAUGCGGUAAUAAAUAUUUCAUUUUUGAUUUUU